GCAAAGUGGGCCGACGAGGAGCACAAGGGCAAGAUCAUUCAGAAGAUGACCACCGCCACCACCACCGAGCCCAUCGAAGUGCGCGCCGAGCGCCGCUGGCAGCAGAAGCUGGACACGCUGCUGAGCGUCAAGACCUUCCUCUACCAGGACGGCGGCAUCGUCGGGAACCUGGCGCGCCAGCUCGCCGUCCCCGUGGCCGCCCUGGGCCUGGGCCUGGUGCUGUGGUGCGCGCUGCCGAAGCAGUCCAUGGUCCCGCACCUGGUGAUGUUCUUCGGUGCCCAGUCCUUCGUCAACAUCUACAUGAAGGCAAUGUUUUCCGACGUCAUCAUCGACGCCGAGCUCAAGAUGAGGGGCUUCCAGGAGCCAUGGGCGGCGCGAGGUGUGAAGAGGAAAGGUGAGUGCUUCACUGGGCUCCGCGUGAUUGAGGACGACCAGUCCAUUUUCUGUGCGAUCCUGGGUCGGCACGGGCUGGUGGAAGCAGACGGCUGCGUCUUUGACAUCGCCCGCCUCGAGGCGCGCCGGGCGGCGCGCCGCCUGAGCGUGCUCGCGGGCGGCGUGCUGGCCGGCGCCGGGCGGGCGCCGCGCCCGCCGGGGGGCGCGGGGGCGCUGGCCGCCCUGCUGCGCGACGCGGGGGCGGGCUGCGAGGAGCGCGCGGCGGCGGCGGCGGCGCUCGGCGCGCGGGCGGGCGCAGGAAAGUACUCGGAGGGGAACCUGUGCAAUCUCUACAUUCAACAGCUAACCAAACGCUACGUCUUCGCCGUCGGCGAGAAGUCCGCCAUGGGGCGCGUCGAUUAUUGCCGGGACAUGGCGCGCGGUGACCUGCAGUGUGGGGGGCUUGCAGGACACGCUGCAUACUUGGCGCUCGACGGCGUCAUUCUCGCGGGCGCGUGCGUCGUGCCAUCGCGUCCUGGGCUAGCGGUGCGCCUCUGCGCCGCGGAGGCCCUGGGCGCCCUGCCGCCUGCAGAGGGUGCGGCUGGGCCAGACGGCGGCACCCCGGAGCUGGUGGUGGCCGCCCUGGGCGACGCCCUCCGGCGGGACGCCUCGUGGCGCGUGCAGGUGGCAGCCGCGCAGGGGCUCGGGGCGCUGGGCCAGCCGCCGCCCAGCGCCCUGCCGCUCGUCGGAGCCGCCGCGGUCGGCGGCGGUGCUCUCCUCGGCCUCGGCGGCCGCUGCUUCUCCCUGGCGGCGCAGCAGCCUGCGCGGCAGGGCGCGCUGCGCGCCGCUGCCGGCGGCAGCGGCCCGGCGCACGCCGAGGCGCCGGCGGAGCUGCCGCUGUCGGGCCUGCUGCUCGCCACGCCCGCGCUGUGCGGAGCGGCGCUGCUGGCGUCCCGCAGGCGCAGCGCCGGGCUGCGGCGGUCGGCGGAGGGUCUCGCGGUGCAGGAGAAGCCGCUCGCGAAGGCCGCGUUCGAGAUGGUGUCGACGCCGAAGGAGACGUACGAGGCACUGGUUGCCAAGGGCACAGCCAACGCCGGCAUGCCAUUCCUGAAGCUGAUGCACAGUUCGAUCAUGGGCGGCGCGUAUGUGGGCAUGGCGGGCCUGCUGUCCCUCACCAUCGCCGGCAACCUGAGCCCCGAUGUGGCCAUGGGCGUGCAGAAGAUGGUCUUUGCCGCCCUCUUCCCCGUGAACCUGCUGCUCGUCCUCCAGUCGGGCUGCCAGCUCUACACGGGCAACACCGCCACUGUGUCCGCUGCUUUCCUGGAGGGAAAGGUGAAGGUCCGCGCCGUCCUCCGGAGCUUCUUUCUUUCUUGGGUCGGGAACGUCAUCGGUUGUGGGGCGCUCGCAGUUGCCGCCUGGUACACCGGCCUGCUGAGCGGUGGCACUGGAGCAAUGGCCGCUGCGACAGUUGCCAAGAAGGUCAGCGGUACUCUGGGCCAGAAGUUCGUGAAGGCGAUCUUGUGCAAUUGGCUGGUCUGCAUGGCGGUCUUCCUGUGCACCCAGGCAAAGGACAUGACGGGCAAGAUGGUGGGCAUUUGGGUGGCGGAUCUCCAUGUUCGUUGGCAUCGGCUUCGAGCACUCCGUGGCCAACAUGUUCCUGCUGCCAGCAGGCCUGCUCGCCGGCGCGCCCAUGACGUACGCGCAGACCUUCUGGCAGAACCUCAUCCCGGUGACCUUCGGCAACCUCGUCGCUGGGGCCGUCAUUAUCGCCGGCGGCUUCUAUUUCCAGUUCGGCAGCAAGAAGUGAGAGGUGCCCUCGAGCUGGGGCCACUCGUGUGGCUCAUUUUUCGAUCGUGCUUGAUCUGGUUGUCGGUUUUCUACCGCCAUCAUCGUGUGAGAUCCGCAUGGCCCUCUUCUGUCGUGAGUUGA